AGAUCGUUUUCAAUAUAACAGCUAGUUUCAAAUCAAUUGCUUCGUCAAGUGUAUAUAUAAGAAGGAUCGCUUCAUAUUUUUCAAAUACAGUACUUCCAUUAUUUACAACUUUCAAUUUUAUCUCUCUUAUCUCUCUCUUGCUUCAACUACUAGGAUUGAAAAAUGGGUCAAUGUUUGGGAUGUUACCAAGUGGACCAGUCCAAUGUUGCUAUAAAGGAGCAAUUUGGAAAAUUUGUCGAUGUCUUGGAACCUGGAUGCCAUUGUUUGCCUUGGUGUCUCGGUUACCAGAUAGCUGGUGGAUUAUCGCUUCGUGUGCAGCAACUUGAUAUUAAAUGCGAGACAAAAACAAAGGAUAAUGUCUUUGUGAAUGUGGUUGCAUCUGUACAAUACCGCGCUGUGGCUGACAAAGCGUCUGAUGCCUAUUAUAAGCUCACCAACACAAGGGAACAGAUCCAAUCGUAUGUUUUUGAUGUUAUAAGGGCCACUGUGCCAAAGUUGGAGUUGGAUGCCGUCUUUGAGCAGAAGAAUGAUAUAGCAAAGGCUGUCGAAGAUGAGCUUGAGAAGGCGAUGUCAACCUACGGUUACGAGAUAGUCCAGACUCUCAUUGUUGAUAUCGAGCCUGAUGUCAAUGUCAAGAGAGCAAUGAAUGAGAUCAAUGCAGCUGCGAGAAUGAGGUUGGCUGCAAACGAAAAAGCUGAAGCUGAAAAAAUAUUGCAGAUCAAGAAAGCUGAAGGUGAAGCCGAGUCCAAGUACCUAUCAGGACUCGGCAUAGCUCGCCAACGUCAAGCCAUUGUGGACGGACUAAGGGACAGUGUACUCGCAUUCUCUGAUAAUGUACCCGGAACAUCGGCUAAAGAUGUCAUGGACAUGGUGCUGGUGACUCAAUACUUCGACACCAUGAAGGAUAUUGGAGCGUCAUCGAAAUCUUCAGCUGUGUUUAUACCACAUGGUCCCGGUGCUGUCAGAGACGUUGCUAUGCAGAUUAGGGAUGGCCUCCUUCAGGGAAAUGCUGCAAAUUUAUAAGUGCUUUUUGGGAUACUGUAAAUGCUUCUUAUGUUUGAAUUAUUAUUUGAUUUAUAAGGAUAACAUUUAUUAGAAUACUGAUUUCACUUACCACUAUUUAUUACUUAGAGGUACAUCAAAUGAAUGUAGUUCUUCAAAUGAAUGUUAAAAUUGAUUUUCUAAA